AGUAACAUCGGCGUCCAGGAAAAUAAUUUUGUAACGUUUUUAGUUGCAAAUAAGAAAAGGAAAAACUUGAUUCUUUGAUUUCAGAUAAUCAAAUUAAGAAUUUGUUAUUAACCUCGCACUGACAGCUGUUAAAACAAACAAAAAGCAAGCCAUUUUCACAAUCGCACGUGACUGAAAAUUUCAGCUGUUCAGUGAACAGUUUAGAAAAUGAAUCAACAGGGCGCUUUACAUUGUGAGGUGUGCAAUGCGCAACUACCAAAUUUUAAUUCUAUGAAAUGGCAUAUACAAGGAAAAAAACAUCAAAAUGCUCUACUGUUCUGGGACAAGAAGAAAGAGACAGCCAGAUUGAGUGUGUUUGUUCGAAAUUUUCCAAUGGGAACUACAGAACAGGAACUCUGGCAAUAUUUUGCUCAAUUUGGACGUGUGACCAAGGUUUCAAUAGUUCCUCCAAAGAAUAUUUUUGCUAUCAUAGAGUUUAGUAGUGCGGAUACCGCAGAUUAUGUGUUACAGCAGACAAAUCACAAGUUGAACAGUCAGAACCUGAUAGUAAAAGCACGAGAAAUCGAGGUUCCCGGCCAGCCAGCUUCAAACAAAUUUCAAUAUGGGUACCAGCAGUUUCAAGGUGGUCGUGAGCUGGGAAUGGGACCAAUGAACAGAGGGAGAGGAGGUCCCGGGCCUGGACCCGGCCCUGGUCGUGGAGGUUAUAAUAUGGGGUACAUGGGUGGUGCUGGGUACCAGGCCUAUGAUCAGGGUUUGGAUCAGGGGCCGGGAGGCAGUAAGAAAAAGAAAUUGAACGUUGAGGAACAGAUAGAACAAUAUUACCAUGAAGAGCUGAUUGAAAAACUUAUGAAAGUUAAAGGCGUUCAGAACCAGCUAGAAUGGCUGUGCCAGAAUCUCCAGGUGACUGCCGAAGAGGCUCAGACCAAGUUCCAGCUCUGUGAGAAGUUACAGACCUGUCUUGGAAAAUUUUUCCCAGGCUGCACGGUGAACCAGUUUGGAUCGUCUGUGAAUGGUUUUGGAUUGAGUGGAUGUGACAUGGACAUUUUCCUUGAUCUUAGUACGAUGCAUAGCAAGACUUGGGAACAAGAGCCAAUAAAGUUGCCAUUUGUGAGAGACUUCAGGUUUCUGAAGGACAAGGAAUGGGGUCCCCUUGUACCGUCUGAUCUUGAUAAGAUGGGAAUGACAGAUCAGUGUAAAUUGAUCUCGCGUAUAUUGAUGGACCAUCUGGAGGGAAUACUCGACGUACAGGUCAUCCCCAGCAGCAGGUGUCCCCUUGUCCGCUUUAAAUACACUAACUGUGACGUCAAGUGUGAUCUGUCAGUAAAUAACAAAUUGGCCCUUCAGAAUACAAAGUUACUAUACCUGUUUAGUGUACUUAAUAGUAGAGUUAGACUACUUGUGUAUGCUAUACGGUACUGGGGAAAGGUUAAGGGACUGGCUGGUAAUCAGAAGGCUAGUACAAAGUUGUCCAACUACGCUCUCACCUUGAUGGUAUUAAACUACCUGCAGAACUUGGAUCCCCCAGUCCUACCAACCAUUGAGAAACUGUCACAACUUCAUGGAACUUCAGCACGUACAAAGAUAGAAGGAUGGGACUGUACAUUUGCCAUGGACUGGCAGAUCAUUCCACAGUCUAACAAUGCCCAAUCUGCAGCCGAGCUUCUGUCAGGAUUUUUCUCGUAUUGGAGCGCAUUCAACUUUGAAGACAACGUUCUGGUAACAAGAUCGGCCUCAGAGCUUCCAUUCACAAUGUUCUUUGAGAAAGAUAAUAUGCAGGAUGGAAGAAUUAGGAGCUUUAAGGCAUCCGCUAUGAACAUGCAAGAUCCAUUUGUUUUAAAUCAUAACAUCACCCAGAAUGUGAACGAGAAGAUGAGAGAUAAGAUUGUACGAGAGUUGAGAAUUGCCGCCAUAAAGACAUCAGUGUGGGGCAAUGAGGGCUUCUCUAUGACCACACCCUCUGGGGGAGGAGAUUUGAUCCACUUGUUGAAUAAUGAAGUACCAGACAUAAUUCUACAAGAAGACCAGGAGAAACAAGAAACUAUUUUAGAGAAAGGUCGUAUGCCUGCACGUGAAGCUGGAGAGUACGAGUUUGAGGUUGAGCUGAAACCUACUCAGAUGUCCAGCAAGUUGUUGAAGCAGUUACAGAAAGGGGAAAAUUACAGAGUAGAGUGGUGUAAAAAGAUGUGUGACUUCAUCCUUAGAAUCAUCAAAGAGGUGUUAAUGUUGACAAUCGAGGAUCUGCCCGAGGCGACGGAAGAAAUUCGUCAGAGGAUGAAAGAAGAGAUGGCAAAGAAAGAAUUUGCGGACAAACGAAAUAAAGAAAUCCUUGAGCGGCGUAGACUACGUAGGAUGGAGAAAAGGAAAGAACUUGAAGAGAAACUAAAGAGAGAGGAAGAAGAGUUAAAAAAGAAAGCAGAAGAGGCUGCGACAGAGGCUGAAGCUGAGGCCAAGGGUAAAGAAGGGUCUGAAACUGAGGCUGGAACAUCCGAGUCAACUGACAAAAGCAGUGAGAAAAGGCCAAGGCCAAUCAGCAUAUUUGACAUCAAGAUAGAACCACCAAAGAAGUUUAGAGGCAAUAGAAAGUUUGAACUGAACCUUGACGACAUGAUUGAAGAUUCGGACGACGGAGAGGAGAUAAUCGAGUACAAGCCGGACGAGCCGGAACUCCGGUACAAGCGAGAUUGCGAUGCGGAGGUGGACUACCAGCAUUACAUGAGGGCUUGGUGUAUGACCUGGGCAAGGAGGAAGAAGGCAAAAAACUACCUUGUUAAUGAGGAGGGCAGGACAGAGGAAAAUAUCCCCAUGGAGAAGUUGAUUUCUAACGCCAUCUGGCAGAAUGAUCGUGCACCGUUGGCCCAUCCAGUGGUUGGCUUUUACUGCUACAUGCAGUCCGUGAUUGAUGGCAACGCAACAAGUGUGAGGGUAGAAAUGGACUGCAAGGAAGGCUCGAGGGAUUUCAAUACAUUCUUCCAGUUCACGAAGAUGUACCUUUACAAAAUGAUUGAAAAAUAUUUCAAUUAAGAGGGACAGUGUACUUGAACUUGA